CUCCCUCUCUUUUCCUCUCUCUGAAAUCAAUAAAGAUAUAUUUAAAAAUAAAAAAAUAGGGGAAAUGGCAUAGCCACCUUUACGAAAAUACUUAUGAUUACUCUACAUUGACAGAAGAGAUGGGCUAGAAUAUUCCUUUGGGUGCUUUCAAUCACCCAAUCAAUGUUCAUCCAUUCUUUCAGUCAAUAUUUAGUUGAGCUUCUAAUAUAUGCCAGGCACUAUGUUUGUUAUUAGGGAAACCAUAGGCAGGGGAGAUAAAACCCCUCUUAUCUAGUAAAAGAGGCAGUAAUCAGUCACACAGAUAUAAAAUCAUAACCAAGGGAAAUGCUAUGAAGAAAAGACAUGGGGACAAACAUUGUGUGGCUAUGUGAUAGGAAUGGCCUUAGAGGUGUGCAGAAGAAGGCAGAAUGAUGGCAUGGUUAGAGGGAGUACUUAGCUGGGAAACUCUGUUUAAUAUCCUGAGAAUAUAGGCUUGGUUUUAGAAACUGGGGAGAGAAAGAGAAAUAUGAUAUCAUUCCUAGAGAGAUAGAUACUUUUAAAAGUGUGAUACUAUGUGGUAAAUGCUCCACUAUGGAUAUGAAUAAAGCAUUAGAGAGGCACAAACAAGGAAGCAAAUUUUGCCAAGGUGGCCGGGGGGUGAUAAUUUAGGAAGACUUCCCAGUGGAAGUGAUAUUUGAGCUGGGUUUUGAAGGGUGAGGAGUUCAACAGAUGGGAAGACCUAUGGAGCUAUUAUUGCUAGUAGAGGAAAGAGCAGAGCAAAGAUAUGUUGAAAGAAAGCUGCAGAAAGGAGGAGCUUCCUAGGACAUGUCUUAAAGUAAUUGUGGGCGAUGGUAGGCAAGGAGGCUCUGGGAGGGUUCCUCAAUAUGUCCAAGGCUGUUGGUGUUUCUCAGGUAGACCCCUCGAUCUGCAAGGUACAAGGCAAGAGGAGGCUUGGGGGUAAGGCACUCUGCUUUCUGCGUAGGGAGAAGGAAGGUGCACUAUUUGUUCCCAGAUGGGAAGGAAAUGGCCGAAGAAUAUGAUGAGAAGACGAAUGAACUACUUGCAAGAAAGUGGCGAGUAAAAAGUGCCCUGGGAGCCUUGGGCCAGUGGCAGAUUGAGGUGGGAGAGCCAGCACCCCAUGGAGCAGGAAACCUGGGGCCUGAACUCAUCAAGGAAAGCAAUGCCAGUCCCAUCUUCAUGCGCAAGGACACCAAGAUGUGUUUCCAGUGGCGGAUUCGAAACCUCCCCUACCCUAAGGAUGUCUAUAGUGUCUCUGUGGACCAGAAGGAGCGCUGUGUUGUUGUCAGAACAACCAACAAAAAGUACUAUAAGAAGUUCUCCAUUACUGAUCUGGACAGAUACCAGCUACCUCUGGAUGAUUCUUUGCUGAGCUUUGCUUAUGCCAACCGCACCCUGAUCAUCUCCUACCAGAAGCCAAAGGAGGUCCUGGAGGCCGAGCUGGAGCUGCAGAAGGAGCUGAAGAAAGUAAAGAUGGCCCACAGCAGUGAUGGGGACUGCAAGACCCAGUAGUGGACCCCCGAGCCUGCACCUCCAGUGUGGAGGUGGGUGAGGCUCUUCCUGUCACCUGUAAGACUUCACAGCUUCAGCCUUUCUGGCACAGGGGCAGCCUCUUCUCUUCCAGGAGCUAUCUAGGCUCUGUAAGAACUGGGCCUUGGGGCACUCCCGGCCCCCUGCUUCAUGGUCUUAUUUCCUGAGUAAAGUCAUUCUGAGUCACUGUAGGUA